CGCGGGUUCGGCAGUCGGCUCUCUGUGCGCAAGAGCGCUCUAUGUCCUAUCAGUCUCUCUCUGUGCCGCUCUCUCUUUCUCUCUCACUCUCUCCCUUCUUCUCUCGCUCUCUCUCUCUCUCUCUCCCACUCCUACCACUCGUCAGGAGGGGGAUAGCAUGGUCGUCUCGAGUCAGCCGCGGUCCAUCUCGAGAUCAGUGUCCGCUCUUGUUGUUAAGCGGUUACUUUAACCCGUCUGUGAUUGAAUAAAGAACAUUUGUGUGAUAUUGUACAUAUUGAGGACUGUUCACAGUGGGCGGCAGUGAAAUAAAAUGGUUAUUAUAAAAUUUCCAUUUCUACUGAAAGCAUCAAAGAAUCACAGAAGACAUCAAGAUUGCCUGGAAUGAUGAAUUCUACGAACUGCACGUGAUAGUAUUUAUUUUUGUUUGGCAUACUACACAUUUAGUAAGCUGUUUAGUGAAACUAUUUUUGUUGAGAAUUAUUUCAAUUGAGUGUUUCCUUGAGUGUAAAGUGCAGUGAUGGGUGGGCUUGGUGGAUCAGAACAGCAAUAUUCCCUCCGUUGGAAUGAUUUCCAUUCAAGUAUUCUGUCUUCAUUCAGGCAUCUGCGAGAUCAAGAAGAUUUUGUUGAUGUGACACUUGCCUGCGAUGGCUGUUCCUUUACUGCCCAUAAAGUUGUGUUAUCAGCUUGCAGUCCUUAUUUUCGCACAUUGCUCAAGGCUAAUCCUUGUCAACACCCAAUUGUCAUCCUCCGAGAUGUCAGAGAACAAGACAUGGAAGCGCUUCUGAGGUUCAUGUACAACGGAGAGGUUCACAUUGGGCAAGAACAGCUAAGCGAUUUCCUGAAAACUGCACAAACACUUCAAAUCAGGGGUCUUGCCGAUGUUCCACCCAAAGAACAACAGAAACUCCUUACUGGAGGACCUCCUCCAGGAUGGGUUAACAAUAAUGAUCAUGGAUCACCUCAUAUCCCACAAAGUGAGGGAGAUUCACCUCCGCCAAAAAGAAGCCGGAGUUCUGAGCUCUCCCAACCUGUAGCCAGGUUUUCUCCAUCUCCUGCAAACAGUCAAACGAACAAUAGCAGCACAUUGCAUGGAGAAAACAACAACAGAGAAUCUCUUCUUUCCCAAGCUCUAGAAUCUAAUCCACAUAAUAAUAUGCCAAUCAACAAUAAUAAUCAGCUGAAAGGAAAUUCAGAUUCUUCAGUACAUGCGCAGUCAACUGGGGAAGAAAGUAAUUCUUCAGACACAGGGCUUAGUGAAAGAGGAAAUGGCCCACACUCAAUGGCAGAUUUGAUUCAGCCAAAAACUGAGCCAGCAGACUACAGCCAUGACCACCAUAAUAACAGUAUGAUUAUGGAUCCUUCGAGAACACCUAAUUUUCCAGCUGCUCUUCUUGGUCUCCAAGGUAGACUUCCAGGGCUGCUUCCUGGACCCUCUGGGAUGCAUAACAGCGGCCCGGACAACAGCUUUGUUUCAAGGCGGGGACUGGAUAUGAUGCGAGUAAGGGCGACUGACCCAAGGCCAUGCCCAAAGUGCGGAAAGAUCUAUAGGUCUGCCCAUACACUACGCACCCACCUUGAGGACAAGCAUACAGUGUGCCCUGGCUAUCGAUGUGUCCUCUGCGGUACUGUCGCUAAGUCUCGUAACUCUCUUCACUCACAUAUGAGUAGGCAGCAUCGAGGGAUAUCGACAAAGGAUCUUCCUGUUCUCCCAAUGCCUUCACCUUUCGACCCUGAGCUGGCAUCUCGUCUUCUUGCUAAAGCUGGUGUCAAGGUGUCUGCUGCAGAGCUGAGGGCACGAUCGUCCCCUACUGGCCCUCCUCGUCCGAGGCCAGAUGUACGACUUGAGUUGAAAUCACCUGAUGAUCCUGAGGACCUUACAAUGAACAGCCAUCAUGCAUCAAGGUUUUGUUCGGUAGAUAUCAGGCCACUUUCUCCACCACCUCAGUCUCCUCAUACAAAACCUCUUACAGGUUCUGCUAUUCUAGACACUUACCUACAGUUUAUAGCAGAGAACUCGAGUAAUUUACACCUCUCUGCUGAACAGGCAGCUAAAGUAGCUGCAAAAGUAUCUGAAGAGCAGAGGAGAAUGGCCAUAAUGGAUGAUCGAACUAUGGAAGAAUCUUCUGAACCAGAAGAUGAAUAUUCUGAAGAAGAACGGGAACCAGAACCAAUCAAAGCAGAGUAACACAAAAUCAUUCCACAUAGUUGGUUAUUCUUUAUAAGCCUUAUUUAAAGAUAGAACCCACAUCACUUACCUAUAGAAAUAGUUAAUAUCGCUCAAUAAUAACUGAUUGUAAUAAAUUAUUUACUAAUUUUGUUAUUAUUGUUAAUAAGGGUGCUCGGAAAUAAAUAUUUUUAGAAAGAUUGGGUACUGAAGUAACCAUUUAUUUGAAAAAAAAUCUCGCAUUCUAAAUUUUUGAGAGGUAUUCUUAAUAACAUAAUAAAAACUAUCUAGUUCUGAAAAGUUAUUUUUAUUUUAAUUGCAAAUAACAUUUGUCAAACAAGCUAAAGAAAAUUUAAGUAAUAGUGAAUAGGUUUUCGUUAAAAUUUAAAUUUAAAAACAAAAAAAACCUACAAACAAAACUACAAAAGUAAAUUACUUGUUUACACCCUUGUUAGACAAAAUGUUUCAGUGUAACUACCUCAGUUGUAACAGUUGCAAUAAACGGGUUCACCCUGUAGUAGUAAGGUUCAUAUUCGAUCAGAUUUAUCUACCUCAGGAAUUUAAAAUCGCAGUAUGCAUUGUAUUCUAGAAAAGUCAUUAUUUAUAAAUUUCAUGACGUAAUAAUGACAAAAUAUUCCAUUAUCUACCUCAGGUAUUAUUACAAAGUUAAAUAAGUUGAUUUUCUAUAUAUUGUUGCCAUAUUAAAAUUAGCUCUCUACCUCAUAUAUACAAUUUAAUGAUGAUAUAUUUAUUAUAUUUUCUACAAGAGCUAUAGAUGACAAUCUCAGGUGUUAAUAGUUUUAUAAGCGUUUUGUAGAUUUAUGCCUUAAUUUGAACACUUUAAAGACUUGGAUAUUAUUUUAAACUUAAUCAAAUGAUGUUGAGUACAAAGCAUUCUAACACUCAAAGCUUUAUUUUAUUUUUAAUUUUAUAUAUAUUAUAUAUAUAAAUAUGAUGUAUGUGUAUAAAUAUAUAUUUACUCUAGGAAAAUGAGAAUGACAGAUAAUUGGUUAAUUCUGUUCAAUUAUUUUAUGUUAAAUAAUAAUUUAAAAAGCAAUAUAACCUGUUAUAAUUUAAUGAUUGUAUGAUAUAUGAUAAUUCAAAAAUCAGCAUUUAGCAUAAUAUCUUGAAAUAAAGUGAUAAUACACCACCUAAUAAAUUAUUUUUUAAUGCUACAAGCAAAUAGUUUAGUGCUUAGCUUAUAGGUUGAACAUAUUAUGUUCUUUUAUAAUAAGAUGAAAUUAUUGUCAUUCUUAUAAUAUAUAUAUUAAUUUGCAAGAAAAAUAGCCGAGUUAAAAAUUAAAAAAAAAAAAUCAAAAAAACAAACAAGGUCUUGCUAUACCUUUAAAUUAUUUAAUUUAUUUGUUUUAAUUAAGGUAAUAUGAAUCCCCCAUUGUUUGCAGUUAUGUACUUACUGAUCUAAGUUUUCAUUAGUUAGAUAUUAAUUGUACUGAUAUAUGUGUCAUUAAAAAUAGUGAAAUUAAUGGUGCAAGUAAUAAAGUGUGAGCUUUUAUAGGAUAUUUCCAAUAACGGAUGACAGUAAAUAUUUGUAAAUAAUAAUUAAUACAAUCGUCCACUGUGUGUUAAAUAAUCGCUAUUUUUUAGAACUUAGGCUCCUCAAAAACUUCCGAUAUAUUUAUACAAAGGCUUCCAAAAUUGCCCAUUUGAUAUAGUAAACCUUAUAUUAAAAUACAAGUACCUUUACAAAUUAACAAAUAUUUCAAAAAAAAAAAUGCAGUUUAUACAUCUAUUUACCUCGAAGUGCAUUUAUGUACAAUUCAAAUACAGGUAUAUUGUAGUAAUUAGUAAUACAAUUAAUAGUUGUUAUUUUUUUGUGAAAGCUCUCUAGUUAUUUACCUUAAGUACAAAAUCUAUAUCAUUCCUCGCUCUGGAGAUUCCCAUCGACUGUAAUUUAAACCAAGACUAACAUUCUUUAAUUUUAUUUUAUAUGUGACUAUUUUUAUUAAAUAUGUAUUCGAUUACAGCUAAAAUCAAUGGCAUGAAAUAUGCAAAAGACUGAUUUGACUUUAGCCUUACAAAUAUGAUAUUUCAUGUAAUUAACUUUAGCUGAUUGUGUGAAUAAUUAUGACCCACCUAGAAUAUGAGGGAAUCUUAAGAACUAGGAAUUUAGAAGUGAUAAUGAGACUGAUACGAUUUGUUGUUUUGUAGCUGACUUCUGUCAGUCUUGGUUCACUUCACAAAAAAAAAAAACUGAUUUUCAUUGUGUCAUUUCAAUGGGAAAUAUAUAUUUAUUUCCCAUAAACAUAAUCAUAUAUUCUUUAGCUAUUAUAAAUAGCAGAUAUCUUAAAUGAAAAAAAAAUGUAAAGACAUUAGUGACAAAUACCUCAUUAGAUAAUUAGUACCCAUAAAAUUUAUAUUACCCAAGCCAAGUAAUUAAGAAAGAGGAAUAUCUUUUAUAUUUGUAUAUAAACUACAUUUUGAACUGUUAUAUAAAGAAAUCAUUCAUAUUUUAAAUGUGCUAUAUUUCAUUUUUGCCGAGUGAUUAGUUAAGUUAACCCAGUGAACUUAAAGUGGCUAGGUUUUAAGCAAGUAAAUUAUUAGUUUAGGAAAAUGAAUACACAAUACUUAGUUAUUAUAUACAUAUAUAUAUAUUUAAAAAACAAAAAACAAGUUGCUUGUUAGAUGCUAAAUAAUUAUUUGUUGAAUCUGGAUAGAAUCAUGGCAUUUUCAUAAUGCUAUUAUGUAAUGUUAAAUUUUAAUUGUACAGAAUGUAAAUAAAAAAUGGUGCUUGCUUAAAUGAUGAAAGGAUGCUUUGGGGUUAAAAGUUAAAAUAGUUUUCAUAGUACUAACAGUUUCUUAAUUGUUAAGUCAUUUUAUGUUCUGUAAUAGUAUAGAUUUAUGUAUUGUAAAAGGUACUCUAAAUUAUUUCAGAUAUUGAAUUAUUUAGUUAUGUCUAUACACUUUGGAUGGCUGAUAAUUUGAAUUGUGCCCAUAUUGGUUUAAGAUGGUAAAUACUCAUUUAAUGUAGUACUGAUAAGUCAUUAGUGUUUAUAAAUUGUUAGAUUUGUAUAAUUUCUAUAGUAUUGGUUAAGACUUUGUCGUGGGAAGGGUUUUAGAAAAUGUUUUUUGCGAGCUUAUUUUAAAUCAAAAAUUUAAUGUAAGAAAUUAAAACUUAGUGAAAACUCAGUGCCAUACCUAUAACAUGACAUACAAUGCCAUAAUUAUUUGUAAUUAUUUUAAUUAUUGUUUCAAUGCUACUGACUUGAUUCAAAAUCGGGCAUAAUAUUGUAAUAAUUGAUUUGUGGUUCCUAUACAUUUUGGACAGUCCCUCAGCGAUUUUAAGGAACACAAUAUUGAUUAAAUAAACUGAUAAAUUUUAUUGUUUAAUUGUUUUUCAAUCCAAAUUUUAAUUAAAAUGUCAUGUUCGUAUUCUAAAAAAUCUUAUUAAUUAAAAAAAUGAAAAUACUGCCUGAUGGUCAGUUGAAAGGGUGUUGGGGGACGUUGUGCCUUCUCUUUUGAUUGAGCACGUGUCAAAUAGUUAUUAAGAAACGGGAGUUUCUGUUUACAGUUCCUAAAAGAACCCUAGUGGCAACAGAGUCGAAUGUAGGCUGUAGUGUUAUAUGUUGCACUUGUUUAUUGUGUUGCAAUCCGUCCUAUUGGGUGUUAUAUUUAUAUAAUAAUUUUGUUUUUAUGUUGAACUGAUAAUAUAUUUAAAUAAAUAAUUGAUCUGGGGUAAAUAAGGUAAUGUUUUGUUUAAAUGUCACUCAUAGGACGGCUUAGACAUGAUUAGAAUUUUAGAUAGAUUAGUUGAUGUUAAAUGUAGGUUAACAUUAUUAUUAACCAUCUGUUCUGAACCAAGUGCUGUAUUUAUGUUUUAAUGUAUUAUUUUAUAAAUAGUUAUUGAUUUAAUCUUUUAUUUUUUAUUAGAUUUAUAAAUCUAAUUAUGUUAAAAUGCGGGUUAUUAAAUUUGAGACAUUGUUUUAUCGCUAGCUGGAACAGCCUUAUGUUUAUAAUUGUAAUUGGAAUACUAUGUAAAAUAUUGAAGUUCAAUUUAUAGAUUAAUAAAAAAUAUAUAUAAUGUAAACUUAGGUUGGUGCACAGUAUUUUAUUGCAUACGUUUUAUCUUUUGGGUUUUAUUAUUUAAAACAAAUAAAUAUAUUUAAUUAAAAAAAAUUAGGCAGAUUAUAAUUAUUUUUUAAUACAACUGUGUAUAAUAAAAUUUAAAUUAAUUACCAAACCAGAAUGUCAUCUUAGUACAAGUAUUGUAUUGCAUACAUUGUCCUUUUUAUAGUAAUAGACCGUCCAUAAGUACUGUAUUACAGUCCAAAUAUACAAUAGCCAAUCAAAUAAAAUUAUAGUAAAAUCUGGAAGACAUCUUCCGAUUGUCAGUCCAAGUCGGCUGCAUUUAUAGUGGGGUAUUGUCGAGUGAUAUUUUAUAAUUUUUUUAGGAAUGAAGUUUAAUAGAAAACAUGUGUUAAUGUAAUAUUUGGAAGGGUUAAAUGUGUGAUGACAAAAUUUAUAAAUUGAGGAUCUAUUUGGGAGAAAUUUACCAUACAUAGUACAGGUUCAACUUGUACAUAAUUUAAAAUAAGUAAUUUUCAUUAAAAAAUAAUUAAUGAAGAAGAGAUAUGUAAGACAUACACCUGUUAAAAAAUUGUUAUUGCAAUUUAAAACAAAUUUAGAACUAUUUGUAAAUAUAUAUAUAUACUAAUCCAAAAUAAAAAC